UUACCUUCUUGAAGUACUAUACUAUACUAUCAGAUCAUACGAAAUACUUGUAUUUUAUUAAAGUAUAAUUGAAAUUAAAUAAAAAUAACAAUGAUAAUCAAAGUUUGUGCAUUUAUGUUAUGUUCCUAUGCUAUAACGUUAAAUAUAAAAACAGUCGAUUCAGCAGGUAACCAGAUUGCUCCUGUACGAUUUUACACUCAAACGUCCAGUGAAGACUAUGUACGUACCGUAAAUAAAUUGAAAACAUUCAACAAACGUCCAACUUAUCUUAAACCUGCUGAACAGACAAUUUUAUCAAUAGAGGAAUGUGACAAUAUUAAUGAUUACCAUUUAAAAUUAAAAAGCCGAGAAAAAUUAGAAAAAAGAGCUCAAGAUAUCAAAUGUAGUUUUUGUGUUAUUACAAAAUCUAAUAUUUCAAUCAUGAAGCAUUUAGUUGAAAAUUUAAAAAGCGGAGAGCCUUACGGCAAUAACGAAGAAUAUGUAAAACGUGUUGAAGAGGAAGCAAAAAUCAUACUUUACGUAUUAAUGUUGUCAGAUUUGGAAACGGGCAAAUGGCUUUGGAUUUAUUAUUUGAAAAUGUUUGCAAUCAUCCAAUACGAAUACAACAAACAUUUAAUCAACGAAAACCCAUUCGAAGACGACCAACUGCAGAGUGGAGUUUCAGAUUUCAUCGACAAUUGUAUCGCUGAAAAAUAUCUUCCCAAGACUACAAUAGAGUCUGACUUGGUUUCGAAGAAGCCGUUAAUAUACGAUAAUAUUUUCAACGAUCUACGCAAUUCCGGAUGGGUUACGGAUGUUUUAGACGGCGGUGUUUUGGUCUCGGUAAGGUUUAUAUAUCUACAACGAUUUUGGGAAGAUGAAAAUCAAUUAUUGUUCAGACAAAUCACCGAAGCCAAUGUCGACUGGAGUAAUGUGAAACGUCGACAUGAACUAGAAGUGGCUAUUACCAGAGAAUUUGUGGAAAAUCGCACUUGGAUAUACAAACCGUACGAUCGCCUCGACCACCAACAGUUAUUAAUCGCAAUUCUUGAUGCCAGAUUUUAUUGUCACCUUUCGGUUAUACUGUAUAUUUAUGAAAAACAAAUAUCCAUGCGAGUACUCGACGAACUGACACUAAAAUCCAUCAAAAGUCGUAUAGUUAACGUUAUCAAACACGUAUUGGCUUUAACCGUGUACAAAGACGAAUUUCUCGUCGUUAUUUCAUCAGAAUUCAAGUUUGCAAAAAUAAGCGACAUCGAUGACAUAAGAGACAUUUUGGCAAGAGUCAGGGCGAAGGCCAAUGAGAUCCUAAAAGAUUUAAACGGUGCUAGUACAAACGAAGUCGAUUUUCUCGGUUUCAACAUUAACGAAAUCCAACUGUCUUCCAGUGAUUCGAUUCUAAGAAUCAUUAAGAAUUUCAAAGACUAUUUAAACGAAUUAACUGUAUUCUGCUUGCCGUCCGAAUAUAAUGUGCUUUUGCAUUUUGUGGAUGUAGUUAGGUCAUCGGCUGGUCAAUAUAUUUAAAUUUUAAAACAAUAACGCAAUAUAUAUAUAUAAGUCAAGCUGUAAUAAAAUAUAAAAAAAAAUUAUCAAAAAGAAUUACGACUUUUCGUGAUAAGUGUCAUCAAAUAAAUUUAAAUUGUUAAUUUUUUACAUAGGAUAUUGAUACGGUUAAACAUAAUUAACAUUAUGAGGUACCGUACUAUAGGUUUAUAUAAAUUUUGCUUUUGCAUUUUAUGGAUGUAGUUGAAUUGACGGCUGCUCGAUACAUUUAAAUUUUUAAUUAAAAACACUAUGUUUAUAAAUCAAGUUAUCACGAAUUAAAAGAAAACAUAACAAGAACAAUAGCAAUUUUUGAUGGCAAGUGUCGUGGAAUAAAUUUGGAAAAUCCAAUUACUUUCUUAUGAUAUUAAAACAAUUUAACAUAAUUUAAACCAUGAGCUACCAAAUUAUAUUGUUAUCGAAAGCAUAACAGCUAUUUGUAUUAUUUAUAUCGUAUAUUAAAUAAUUGAUUUUAUUAGUUAUGGUAUAUGAUACACGUAAACGUACCGUAUAAUAUAUCUUAAAUAAUAAAAACCAUCAAAUCACCAAAUCACCAGGUAAGAAUUUAUUUUGAAAUAUAUAUUUUUUUCUGUACUUUUUUUCGAUUAUAUAUUUUGCGGAGGAUAGCAGUUGUACAAUAUACUAAUAAUUAUUCUUAGCAUUGAAAUGUCUUAUAAUAAUAGAAGGCUUCUACAAAAUAUAUAAAUUUACUAUAGUAUGAUAUCAAUAUACGUUGACAAAACCGAAAAAUAUCAUUUGUAUGAACAAGUGUUGUCGAAUAAAAUGUAUAAAUCAAGUUGUAGUGUGAUAAAAUAAGAAUAAUAUAAAAUCAAAAACAAAUG